ACAAAAUAAAGCAGGUGAUCAACCAUAGCGUGCCUGAGGAGGCGAUGCGGAACAUGGAGGCGGUGUGCCGUGAGUUCUUUGCGCUGCCCGCAGCGGACAAGGCCGCCUUCUACUCGGGGGACAAUAACAGGCCCAACCGGUACUUCUCCGGCAGCACCUAUGAGACCGGCGGCAACAAGUACUGGAUGGACUGUCUCCGCCUCGGUUGCAGCAUCCCCGUCGGCGACAGCAAGAACAACUGGCCCCAUAAGCCUCCAAACCUCAGAGAGGUUAUCGAGAAGUAUACCAUGCUGAGUAGAGACGUGGGGAUGGAGCUGCUACGGCUACUGUGCGAGGCCAUGGGGCUCCGGCCUGACUAUUUUGAGGGGGACCUCGGCGGCGCCGAUGUGAUCGUCACCCUCAACCACUACCCAGCAUGUCCAGACCCGACCACAAUGAUUGGUCUACCGCCACACUGCGAUAGGAACCUCCUCAGUCUCCUCCUCCCCAGCGCAGUUCCUGGCCUUCAAAUCUCCCACAAUGGCAAAUGGAUGAACGUCGAGCCCCUGCCCAACGCCUUCAUCGUCAACUUUGGCCUUCCGCUCGAGGUUGUGACCAACGGCAUGCUUAAGAGCAUCGAGCACCGGGUGGUGACCAACGCGACACUGCCACGCAUGUCGUUAGGGACAUUCAUCACUCCUACCAAAGACUGCCUCAUCGCUCCCGCGGAGGAGUUCCUUAGCGACGAAAACCCACCGCGGUACCGUGGUGUCACAUACCGCGAGUUCAAUCACAUCCACAGCAUCGCCAAGUUUGGGUUAUCCAGCGUGCGCCACACGACAAACCUGAAGAAUACGUACUCAAGAAACAGUGGACACAAAGAUAUGAAGGCAUCAGCUUUCAACUUAUGUAUCACGAUACAGUUUCCCACUUUCAUUGCACGUCUUCGAAAAUUACUAAGGCAUAUUUUGUGUGAUGAUACAACGCAAUAAUGGUUCUCCCGAUGCGUGGCAGUGUCGCGUUAUACACAUUAAGUAUAUGUUAAGAUAUAGCUCCUCCUAUGAAUUGUAUUUAAACUCUUGUACCUAA